AUGGGAUGCUUCAAACCCCGCUUCUUCUCGUCAUCUUCUGGGCUCCCCCAGGGGGCCCCUUGUGAAGCAGGGAGGAGCCGCAUACGAAACAUUGGGAUCAGUGCACACAUAGAUAGCGGAAAAACAACCCUCACUGAACGUAUUCUUUUCUACACGGGGCGUAUUGCGGAGAUCCACGAGGUGAGGGGUUCCGACGGAGUUGGGGCGAAGAUGGACUCGAUGGAACUCGAAAGAGAAAAAGGGAUAACGAUUCAGUCGGCCGCGAGUUACUGCUCGUGGGAACUUCCCGAUGAGCCCUCUGGGGCGCCCUCUGGGGAGCCCCUUGGGGUGGGCCUGAGGGGUUCCUACACGGUGAAUUUAAUCGACACCCCUGGCCAUGUAGACUUUACUGUCGAAGUGGAGAGAGCGCUGCGAGUGCUAGAUGGUGCAGUUCUAGUGGUUUGCGGGGUUGCCGGCGUGCAGAGCCAAACCCUAACGGUGGACAGGCAAAUGCGAAGGUACGGGGUGCCUCGUUUGAUAUUCGUGAAUAAAUUGGAUCGUGAUGGAGCCGAUCCGUGGAGGGCGCUGGUUGGUAUUCGCAAGCAACUCGGCAUCAAUGCUUUUCCUCUCCAAGUCCCGAUAGGCACGGAGGGGAAACAUCAAGGGGUUGUGGACUUGGUAACAUUUGAGGCAGUUUAUUUUCGAGGAGAGAAGGGCCAGCAGGUGGAGAGGACGUUGGAUAUUCCUUCACCACUGCUGCAGGAGGCGAGGCAGAGGCGCAGUGAGUUGAUAGAGGCUCUCGCGGAGAAGGACGAGGCCUUGGCUGAGGUGUACAUAGAGCUCGGCGACAAUGUGCAGCCUGCAGACCUCCACCAGGCCAUUCGAAGGCAAACCCUUAAACACGCAUUCGUCCCUCUCCUAAUGGGGUCUGCAAAAGGCAAUAAAGGCGUGCAGCCUCUCCUUGACGCUGUUUGCCGCUACCUGCCAGCACCGCAUGACCGGCUUCAAGUGGCGAAAGAUUUGGAGAGGGGAGAGGAGGAAGUUGAGCUCUCUUGUGACCCAAAGAAACCGCUUGUGGCGAUGGCAUUCAAGAUACAAGAAUUGCCCGUCGGGCAGCUGACGUAUCUCCGUUUAUACCAGGGGUCGUUGCGUAAAGGAGAUUCGGUUGUGGAUUUGAGCAGCGGGAAGAAGCAACAAGUGAAACGGCUGCUGCGCAUGCAUGCAGACGAGGCACGGGAGGUGCAGCAAGCAACAGCAGGAGACAUAGUAGCGGCUGGGGGGCUGUUCUGCCAUUCAGGGGUAACAUUGACAGACGGCCGUACGCAGCUGGCCCUCAACUCCAUGCAUGUGGCUGAACCAGUGGUCUCUUUAGCGGUCCGAGUUCAGAAAAAGGACCAUCAAAGCAAGUUCUCAAAGGCUCUUAACAGAUUUCAGCGCGAAGAUCCCACUUUUAGAGUAGCACAGGACAAAGAAUCGCAAGAGACCAUAAUAUCCGGUAUGGGGGAGCUGCAUCUUGAUAUCUACCUGCAGCGCAUGCGCCGCGAGUAUGGCCUAGAGGUGGCUGCAGGGCGACCUGCUGUGAACUAUCGCGAGUCGCCAACACAGCGCGCUCUCUUUGAUUUUACCCACAAGAAGCAGACAGGAGGCGCAGGGCAAUUUGCUCGCAUCAGUGGAUACUUCGAACCUCUCCAGCAACAAACAGAUCUUACGGACCCCAACAAACCAAAUGUCUUCGUUAAUGAAGUC